CUAAACUUCUAACGGCCACUUUGUCUUGCUACUCUACGUACCGGAGGGAAACUAGCUGCGGUGGACUUUUGUCUCCCAACGCCUUUUAAUCGGAAUAAAAAGACGUGAAGCGUUCGGGGACAUUCUUCUUCUCCUGAAAGACCAGAGAACCAGCAGUUGUAAAAUGGAUCCCAGUAAAUCUUCCACGGCCCCUGAGAUGAACUACGGCGGUGAGAAGUCCCCCAUGGGCCAGAUGCCUCCUCCGGCCUACCUCGCCAGCCCUUACCCGGGGUACCCGCCUCAGGCCGGCAUGGGAUACCCGCCUCAGCCCGGCAUGGCAUACCCACCACAGCCUCAGGGCUUCGGACCUCCACCAGCUUAUGGGAAUCAAGCAUACGGACAUCAGCCACAUCCCAUGAAUGAGUACCCAGCCCAGCCUUCCUCUGUCACCGUACACCAGCCCGUUGUGUACGUGACUCGGAGUCCGCUGGCCCAGCCUGUCACUGACUACAUGUGUUACUCCGUGUUCACCUUGAUGUGCUGCUGCCUGCCACUCGGCAUCGCAGCCCUCAUCUACUCUAUCUCAACUCGUGAAGCCAACCACGCCGGUGACCAGCUUGCAGCGGAGCGGAGCAGCCGAUUGGCCCGGACCCUGAACCAUGUGGGCCUGGGAAUCGGUCUUGCGUUCACCAUCCUCAUGGCUGUCUACCUCGUGGUUAUGGCAUCUGUCAUCGCCAAUUAAAUCAGCUUCAAAAUUGUUCCCAUAUUUCUUGUUCCCAUAAUCAGUCUACACCAAGUUGUCGAAACCACGUCAGGAACAUGACCAUCAGAAAGGGCUUAUAUUUGCUAACAUGAUUGAAAUCACCUUUUUUGCUAAAAGGCUUUUGGAGAGUUUCUGAUUUUUCUUAAGUAAUUGGCCGCUUGUUUUAAAGACACCUCAGAAGCUUAUUACGUUGUCAUUACGUUCCAAUAAUGCAGAGUAACCACUUCAGCUUUACUGUAUUCACAUUCCAUCGACAAAUCUUUUUGUUUGUGAUUUGUUCUUUCUGUUAUCACACAUCAAAAAUAUAUGCUAUUUGGUCAAACCUUCUUCCACUUAAUGCCCCGAGUUUAUGUCUCGGUUCUGUGUUGCUCUUCCACACAUGCAGACUUCAUGUUUUGUUCAAAGAAAGUUUUACAUUUUGUGUUCAAAUUGCAAAUGUUUAUUCAUUGUGCGGUUUUAAAGAGAUUUGUCUGGUUGUGUGACGGGGGGAGCACUGCUGCCUUUUCAACUGAUUUGUUGGCUGUAAAUAUGCACUAACUCCCUCUAACCCGUUUAGAAGUAUGCUUUGCUAGAAUCGCAAAAAGAAACAAGCAAAGACGUGCCUUAAAAAUAACUCAAAAAAGGAGGGGUUUGAAGCUCACCCAGAACAAGUGAAGAAAAUAAUGUCUGUGUGUCAUCAGAUAGUCUCUGAGCUUUACUUUCGCACCACACAGGAAAGGCCUCCUCUUUAUUCCAGCUGCACAGGAACACACAGCUUCUCUCAAUAUCAGCAGAAACUUGGCGGACACGGCCAGUUUGUAUAUCAGGGGCUGUGGUUCUCUGUUUGAAAGUUGUGGUGUGUUAUGUCUCACUGGUUGGGUUUUGUUUUGUCAACCAAUGUCUGUUUGCUUUUCUUAACCAUAGCUGAAAAAAAGAUUUUACUUUGUACCAGAUUUCUUUAUAAAUAAAAAGUAUGUUGAGAGAAAAAAUC